UUUGCUCUUCUGGUUCCAGAUUCGACCCCUGUAUUUAGAGUUUUGCUCUUAGGAGUCUUAUUUUGCUUUGAUUCAAGCGAUAGCGGACAAAUGUGUUUGUAAUCGAUCUGAAACUGUCAAUUAUGCUGAACUUCAGUUUACUCAUUUUGUCUUCCCUUCUGCUAAGUGAACAAAUCUGUAUUUUCUGUUCAAAUUGGACUCUGUCUGACGCUUGCUUAAUAUAUAGUCUCAAAUUUCCUGGCGAGAACUUCAUGAGGAAAGCCACAGCAGGUGUUGAGUGAAACAGGAGAACUAACAAGGUUGAUAACUGACAAGGGCAAGCAGCAUGUGGCACAUAUGAGUUAGUAGCUUAGUAUACCUGCCACUGAAGAGGGUUUGGGCACACCAGUACUUCCCCACACCCAAAUCCAGGUCAUCAUUGUGCAUACCUUGUUACCCUCCGCAAACUCCUCCAUACACAUUUGCCCAAACCCACCGGAUAACGAUCAAGCAAUAAUGGGGAGGUGCUUGGAGUUGGAGUUCCCUACACUAGUGGGUAUACCCAUUUCUAAUGGUUAAAUAGUUUUCUACCCAUACCAAUGGACCUCACUAUCACCGACCGAAAUCAAAUUCACUCACAAUUCAAAAACCACAGCACCAAUCAAACUAGUUUCUGGAAGCUUAUAGAGGAUAUGGGUACAACUGUGAAGUAUCUAGGAGAAGAAGACUGAAAAGGUAACUUGAGUCUGCAGGCUCGCCUCAAGCAAAGCUCGCCGUCGGGUUCAGGGUCUGGUCGCUCAAUGACCUGGUGCUGUUGCUGCUCCUUGGUAUAUAUAGUAUCUGCAGCUCCUUGGGUUGGCAGGCACAGGCUCAGUAAGUCAGCCAACGCUGUGCUUUGUCCAUGUCCCCAUCCGGUACACACUACAACUCCUGGUCCUCAUCGAUGUGGGCGAUGUGGAUGGGGAUCGAUGAAGGCGAACAAUACUCUUCUUUAUAGGUGUACAUUUGGGCCGGACCUGAUGGGCUGGCCCGAAGCAUGAAAAAAGUACGGCCCAAGCACGGCACGACCCGUAUUUUAGUGUCGGGCCGGGUUUGGGCCAAGGUCGCGGCCCACGGGCGGGCACGAGCAUGGCCCGUUUAAGGCAGGCACGAAAUUGCCCAUAUAGAGGCACGAAAAGGCCCAUAUAUCAUUAAAACCACACUUCAAUCCACACUUUCAUGUACUUGAUAAAAAAACACAAAGCUAGAGAUGAUGCUUUUUUGCAACUUUGAAUUAGAGUAUGUGAUGUAUUUACUUUUGUUAUGAACAUUAGACAAUGAACUGAAUUUACGAACUCUGUAUGGAUUUGAUUAUACUCUUUUUCCUUAUAACAAAAGGAUUUUUUAACAAGGUAGUCAUUGCAUAGCUCUAGUAACUUAAUAGAAAUAUUAAGUUUUCUUUUGGACUUUUGGUCAAAUUUAAUUGUCUUAUCUUUUUUUUAAUUUGUUUUGAAAUUUGGGCUCUGACGUGAUUUUCGGUCCAGAAAUUCUUCUUACUUCAAUUAAAUUAUUUCAUUUCUUAGUCGGAACCUUAGGUGGUUCUCGGAAGAAGAUAGCGAAAAAAAUUAUCCCUAAAGUCGAAACUAAAAGGAACGUAUAAACCAAUGCUUCCAUAGAUUCGAUCCUGGUUUAUUUACAAUUAUAACUUCCACACCUAUUCACUUAUCAUUUGGGAUCAUUUCCCAUAUAAAAAAAGAAAAAGAGUCAAAGAAAGGACAGGAGAUGUUCCUCAUGUCAAAUCAAACAAAAAAUGGAGGUGAAAGAUACCAUAGCAAUGUGGUAUCAGGCUGCCUGUCUCCUUGUAGUUGGAUCUCCAACUUUUUGGAAUGUUCCAAAUUCCACUUGAGCAUCCAAGUCUGGAUCAAUACCAGCAAAAACAUCUCGGAACAAGGUUCGAGCGCCAUGCCAAAUGUGUCCGAAAAAGAAGAGCAAAGCAAAGGUAGCAUGACCAAAAGUGAACCAACCCCUUGGACUGCUGCGAAAAACACCAUCUGAUUUCAAAGUAGCUCGAUCUAAUUCAAAAAUUUCCCCUAAUUGAGCACGCCGCGCAUAUUUUUUUACAGUAGCAGGAUCAGAAUAACUUACUCCAUUAAGUUCGCCACCAUAGAACUCCACCGUUACGCCUACUUGUUCAACACUAUAUUUGGAUUCUGCUCUUCUAAAAGGAACGUCCUCUCUCACAAUUCCCUCUUCAUCUACCAAAACGACCGGAAAUGUUUCAAAAAAAGUAGGCAUACGACGUACAAAAAGCUCGCGUCCUUCUUUAUCUCUAAAGACGGGAUGUCCUAACCAUCCAACAGCUAUGCCAUCCCCAUUGUCGCGCUAUCUUCUUACGAAAUUUUGUUAGGGCAUCUAUAACAGCCUCUGGUUUAGGCGGGCAACCCGGCAGGUAGACGUCCACAGGAAUUAACUUAUCAACUCCUCGAACAGUACUAUAGGAAUCUGUACUGAACAUGCCCCCUGUAAUAGUACAGGCUCCCAUAGCAAUGACGUAUUUCGGUUCAGGCAUUUGCUCAUAUAAUCGCACUAAAGAUGGAGCCAUUUUCAUUGUUACCGUACCAGCUGUUAAAAUUAGGUCCGCUUGUCUAGGACUUGAUCUUGGUACCAAUCCAUAACGAUCAAAGUCGAAUCGUGAGCCUAUUAAUGAAGCAAAUUCAAUGAAACAACAACUGGUACCAUAUAGAAGGGGCCAUAAACUUGAGAGUCUUGACCAAUUUGAAAGAUCGUUUGGUGUAGUUGAAAUAACGGAAUUGGAACUUGUUUGGUCGAGUAACGGAAACUCAAUCAAACUCAUAAUUGUCUCAAUGGAAUCUUUUCCUUCUUUUUUUUUCUGAAUAUUCAGUUAAGACCAUUCCAAGGCUCCUUUUCGCCAUGCAUAAACUAAACCAACAACUAGGAUAAGCACAAAAAUGAAAGCUUCGAUAAAAACGGAUACACCCAAUACGUCGAAACUCAUUGCCCAAGGGUAGAGAAAGACUGUUUCCACAUCAAAAACAAAUAGAAUAAAAAAAAGGAAAAAUUGGGUUUAUGUUCAACGGAAAAAAUUUCUCAAAAGCAAGGAAAAGUAUUUUGUUUCGGUUCGACCUGCAGUCGCAUAUGAAAUGGACGAAGGGAUAAAUUUAGCAACACUUUUCCCGCAGGAUCUCCUGCAAGAAGAGGAUAAUCUCCAACUUCGACUUGUCAAUUUUAUUUCUCAUGAAAAUAGCAAGUUAACUCAAAGAAUUUAUCACACGAAUAGUCAAUUCGUUCGAACUUGCUUAGUAGUGAAUUGGGAACAAGAAGAAAAAGAGGGAGCUCGUGCUUCUCUUGUUGAGGUAAGAACAAAUGAUCUAAUUCGCGAUUUCCUAAGAAUUGAGUUAGUCAAGUCUACUAUUUUGUAUACACGAAGAAGGUAUGAUAGGACAAGUGUAGGAUUGAUUCCCAAUAAUAGGUUAGAUCGCAACAAUACCAAUUCCUUUUAUUCCAAGGCGAAGAUUCAAUCACUUAGCCAACAUCAAGAAGUUAUUGGCACCUUGUUGAAUCGAAAUAAAGAAUAUCCAUCUUUGAUGAUUUUGUUGGCAUCCAACUGUUCUCGAAUUGGUUUAUUCAAGAAUUCUAAAUAUCCCAAUGCGGUAAAAGAAUCGAAUCCUAGAAUUCCUAUUCGAGAUAUUUUUGGGCUCUUAGGCGUUAUUGUACCUAGUAUAUCGAAUUUUUCUUCAUCUUACUAUUUAUUAACGCAUAAUCAGAUCUUGUUAAAAAAAUACUUGUUCCUUGACAAUUUGAAACAAACCUUACAAGUACUUCAAGGACUUAAAUACUCUUUAAUAGACGAAAAUAAAAGGAUUUCGAAUUUUGACAGUAACAUCAUGUUGGAGCCAUUCCAUUUGAAUUGGCACUUUCUCCAUCAUGACUCAUGGGAAGAGACAUUGGCAAUAAUUCACCUUGGACAAUUUAUUUGUGAAAAUUUAUGUCUAUUUAAAUUACACAUAAAAAAAUCUGGUCAAAUUUUCAUUGUUAAUAUGGACUCCUUUGUUCUAAGAGCAGCUAAGCCUUAUUUGGCCACUAUAGGAGCAACUGUUCAUGGUCAUUAUGGAAAAAUCCUUUACAAAGGAGAUAGGUUAGUUACGUUUAUAUAUGAAAAAUCGAGAUCCAGUGAUAUAACGCAAGGUCUUCCAAAAGUAGAACAAAUCUUCGAAGCGCGUUCAAUUGAUUCACUAUCGCCGAAUCUCGAAAGGAGAAUUGAGGAUUGGAAUGAACGUAUACCAAGAAUUCUUGGGGUUCCCUGGGGAUUCUUGAUUGGAGCUGAGCUAACCAUAGCCCAAAGUCGUAUCUCUUUGGUUAAUAAGAUCCAAAAGGUUUAUCGAUCCCAAGGGGUACAGAUCCAUAAUAGACAUAUAGAGAUUAUUAUACGCCAAGUAACAUCAAAAGUAAGGGUUUCCGAAGAUGGAAUGUCUAAUGUUUUUUUACCUGGGGAAUUAAUAGGACUAUUGCGAGCGGAACGAGCAGGGCGGGCUUUAGAUGAAUCGAUCUAUUAUCGGGCAAUCUUAUUGGGAAUAACAAGGGCUUCCCUGAAUACCCAAAGUUUCAUAUCUGAAGCAAGUUUUCAAGAAACUGCUCGAGUUUUAGCAAAAGCUGCCCUACGAGGUCGUAUUGAUUGGUUGAAAGGUCUGAAAGAAAACGUAGUUCUGGGGGGGAUUAUACCUGUUGGUACCGGAUUCCAAAAAUUUGUGCAUCGUUCCCCACAAGACAAGAACCUUUAUUUAGAAAUUCAAAAAAAAAUCUAUUCGCGUCGGAAAUGAGAGAUAUUUUGUUUCUCCAUACAGAAUUAGUUUCUUCUGAUUCUGACGUAACAAACAAUUUCUAUGAAACAUCAGAGACCCCGUUUACCCCUAUUUAUACGAUUUAAGUAUACAUAAAGCAAUUUUUUUUACUUUAAUUUAAACUAUACUUUUGACCUUAGAAUGCUAACAGGUCUGAUUUUCGAUUUUGUACUUAAAUUUAAAUUGUGUUUCGGCUUUUUAUAAUUUUGGGUCACCCGAAAUGAGCCCGUCACGUUUAAGCAAUUACGUGCCAGACCGUGGGUCGAGGGCUAGGCCCAUGGGCCGGCCCGAAUUAAAUACGGCUCGGCCCGAAAUUCAAACGGGCCAGGUCAGGCGGCCCGAAUGUACACCUAUACUCCUAUUUCUCAGUGGGGUUGUGCCACUGAGCAUUCAUUUCGCGCAGCUUCUCUAGGAUCACGGCCAUCAACUCCUUCGUCGUCAUCAACUUAUUAGUGGGGCUCCCUAGAUCGGAAUUGGAUCUGGUACCAAUUGUCGCUGACCCAAUUGCUUAACUCAACCACACAAGGAACAAUUUGGUUUACUGGAAUAUACUAGGAGGUUGUGGAUGCAUAGAUCAAAGGAAGCAGAAAGGGAUAGGAACUCUAGCCUAAGCUAGCCUCGAGCAAUCACUUGCCUCGACUUGAGCUCGCGCUUGCCGCUGGUUCUGGUCCUCGGCACCCUUCCAUUGCUACAACUCCAGUAUUUGUACGAUGCAUCUCGUGGCUAGCCGUAGUGGGCUGAAAUAGGAUCAGUCCAGCCCACAUGCCCUUCGUUUGGCCCAAUCUACAAUAUACCUAGUACCCUGACACUUACCCUCCCCAAUCUUGUUCAUACUCACCCAAACAGCAACAGUAAAGCUUUUUAGUCCCAAGCAAGUUGGGGUAGACUAGAAUUGAAACCCAACAGAGACCAUAUGUCAAGGUUUAGGCACAUUGACAUUUGUUUUUCAUGCACUCCUAUUUAAGGCUAAAAUUUUGGGUAUAUUCCAUCUUUUUAAGUCUCCUUUUACUGUUUUUUUCCCAUAUCAACUUCGGCUUCCUCUUGCCUGUCUGUCUUCUCAUUACUAUCGUGCUUUAGGAUUCCACUAAUCCACUAUGAACUGGUGUGUAUGGACUAUGGAGAUCUCCUUUGGACAUCUCAACCGGUGUUGUAUGAGCUUUUCUUCAAUUGGGGAUAGGUGCCCAAAGCCACUGGAUAAUUAUCAAGCAACAGGGGAGAGGUGCUUGGAGUUAGAGUGUUCCUUGCAUGAUCCGUUACUAGGGGGUAUACCCAUGUGAAACCUAUUUCGGAUGGCUAAACAAUUUUCUACCAUUACCAACAGGUAUAAGAGUUAGGAUGGGCUCAACUAAUACCCAAGAGUUUCCACAAAGAUCUCAAAGCUACCUGAAAUUAAAAUAUUGGGUUAUCAAAGGUGUAUAUUUUUGUUCAAACUCAACUAGCUAGGUCUGUUUUCUGUUGAUUUUGAUUUGCUUUCUGUUUUUCUAUGUUAACCUCGUCACUUUUCUG